GACUCCGCGCUCGCGACCGACUCACACACAAGGUAGGCCGACAAAGUGACGUCAGGCGCACGAAACACACCCUAGACGGUGAGGCAGAGAUUCUCUGAGGAUAAAUAGCAGCCUGAAGUCGGAGUACCUGUGUUUCCAAACCGCCCAUGCGCGCGAAUGUUUAUAAUACUAAUCGCCCUGCUCUGCGACGCUGCAAACGUUUUUUUUCUCCUCUGACGUGUGUAAACGCGAGCCGCUGCGUUCUCGUGCCGUGAAGGUGAUGUUGUCGCGUGCGUGUUUAAUCCACUGGCUCGUGCUGCAGCUGUGGUGCUGUGGGUCGCGCGCGCGAACGGGCGGCUGUCCGGUCCAGUGUACCUGCGAGCAGGAUGGUGUGUAUGUGAGAGUGGAGUGUGCCGACCGAGGACUCACCUCACUGCCGGAGUCUCUCAGCGUUUACACCAGUUACCUUGAUCUGAGCAUGAACAACAUUAGUCAGCUGCCCAGCAAUGCUUUCACCACGCUUCACUUUCUGGAGGAGCUGCGUCUAGCAGGAAAUGAUUUGACGGACAUUCCUAAAGGAGCAUUUGAUGGCCUCAUCAAUCUCAAAACUCUAAUGCUCCAAAACAACCAGCUUCAGGAGGUCCCCAGAGAGGCCUUUAAGAGCCUGCAGAACCUUCAUUCCCUACGAUUAGAUGCAAACCACAUCUCGAGAGUGCCACAAGGCUGUUUUGAUGGACUGUCCUCUUUGCGCCACUUGUGGCUGGAUGACAACGCUCUGACAGAGGUACCUGUUGAUGCCCUGCGUACCCUCUCCUCCCUGCAGGCUAUGACCUUCGCCCUCAACAAGAUCACCCACAUCCCGGACCGAGCAUUUGCCAAUCUUUCAAAUCUGGUGGUUCUGCAUCUCAAUAACAACAGAGUGCUGUCCCUGGGAAAACAGAGCUUUGAUGGGCUACAGAGCCUGGAGACUUUGGAUUUGAACUACAACAGUCUGGAGGAGUUUCCCAUCGCUAUCAGAACCUUAAAGACUUUAAAGGAGUUGGGCUUUCACAACAACAAGAUCAAGUCCAUCCCUGAGCACGCCUUCAUUGGAAACCCCUCUCUCUUAACAAUAUUCUUCUAUGACAACCCCAUUCAAUUUGUUGGUCAGUCUGCUUUCCAGCACUUGCCAGAGCUCAGAACGCUGUCUUUAAAUGGAGCAGCAGAUAUCACGCAGUUCCCAGAUCUCACAGGCACACAUAGUCUGGAGAGGCUUGCUAUCACAGGUGCGAGAAUCACAUCGCUACCUAGCACAGUGUGUGAGCAGCUUCCCAACCUGCAGAUGCUAGAUCUUUCAUACAACCUAAUCCAAUCCCUGCCCAGUCUCCAAGGCUGCAAAAAGAUUCAAAAGAUUGAUCUCCAUCAUAACCAGAUCCAUGAGCUGCGAGCAGACACAUUUCGAGGUUUGCCUUUACUCAAGUCCCUUGGCCUGGCCUGGAAUAAGCUGUGCUCUGUGGAUCCACUCUCCUUCUCUGAGCUGCCAGCUCUCACCAAACUUGACCUGACUUCCAAUCACCUCUCAUCUUUACCUGUGGUUGAGAUGCAUUUGUUGACUCACCUGAAACUGGCUGGUAAUGUAGACCUCCAAGAGUUAAUUCCAGUGGAGAGAUUCCCCAGACUAAGGGUCAUGGAGAUGCCGUAUGCGUUUCAGUGCUGUGCCUUUCUGACUUGUGAGAAACACGCGAUCGGGUGGGAAAAAGGGAAGAACAGCAGCAAUGAUGUGGGAAGGAAAGAGAGUGUUGCCUCCAACCCAGGAGACCAUGAAUUUGAGGAUCUUUUCCCAGACCUUGAAGAUGACACUGUAUCACACCACUCAGUCCAGUGCUCCCCAACACCAGGCCCAUUCCAGCCAUGUCUUCAUCUGUUUGAGAGCUGGCUCGUGCGCUGCGGAGUUUGGAUCAUUGCCAUCGUGUCCCUGGUUGGUAACGCCAUGGUCAUGGUGUCCAUCUUUCUCUCUCCAACAUUUUUGUCUCCCGUGAAGCUGCUGGUGGGCUUGCUAGCGCUGGUCAACAGCCUGACAGGACUAUGCAGUGGAGUUAUGGCUCUUGUAGAUGCCCUCACCUUUGGUAGCUUUGCUAAGUAUGGCGCUAACUGGGAAAGCAGUACAAGCUGUAAGCUCACCGGCUUCGUGUCUGUUUUUGCAUCAGAAACAAGCAUUUUUCUCUUGACUGUGGCUGCUGUGGAAAGAAGUUUUUCUGUGCAUAACGGCAAAGCGGCAUUGGAUUGUAGAGCACCAAAAACAAUGGUUAAGCUAGCAGUGCCACUUUGCUUCAUCUUGGGCUUGGCUGUAACAUCAGUACCUCUCCUACAUGUUGGUGAAUACAGCAUAUCAUCACUCUGCCUUCCUCUUCCUCUUGGAGAACACGCUGGUUUGGGCUUGAUGGUGGUUCAAGUACUGGUCAACUCUCUGUGCUACCUCAUCAUGACUGUCACCUACAUGUGUCUGUACUGCAGUUUAGAGAAAGGGGAACACGACAAGCUCUGGGACUGCUCCAUGAUCCGUCAUGUGGCCUGGCUUCUUUUCGCAAAUUGUGUCCUCUACUUCCCUGUAGCAUUCCUGUCCUUUUCUGCCCUGCUGAAAAUCUCCGCCGUGGGCCCGUACGUUGUCAAAUCAGUGCUUCUGGUGGUUGUACCCUUGCCUGCAUGCCUUAACCCCUUGCUUUAUGCACUCUUCAACCCCCAUUUCAAAGAGGACCUGGGACUCCUGCUCAGACAGACUCGGGUGACCCUGCUGAGAAACCAGCACCUGAGCCUGGCCUCACUCGACUCAGACGAUGCCGAAAAGCAGUCCUGUGACUCCACGCAAGCUCUGGUCUCUUUCACCAGUUUAAACAAACAACCAACAUGUUUGGCACAGAAUACCAAGCCCCAUCAUCGCGCCAUGCACUGUGUGUGUACGUCUUAAAGUUGAGUGUCGGCUAAAAUGCAAGACUUUCUUUAAUUGACCUAUUAAUGAUUUUCCACACAGCCCGGCGUGUAAGACAAACCCAGUCAACGUUACAUGGAUUAGUGUGAAAGCAUCAGUGUGUUUCAACUGCACAUAGACAAGCCUUCAGUAACACUGCGUGUGUGUUGGUCGAGUGUACGUGAGGGGAAUACUGAUGUCUUAUGCUUUGUCCAGACUUGGUGGCAGGGUCUUAACCUGCAUUUAACUGUCAAAUGGUAAAAUCCCUGACUAUUUAGCUGUCAAGUGUCCUGCGUACAAAGGAGAAGCCUAACAGCAGUAAGAUUUUUUUUUUUUUUUUUUUUUCACUAUUUUCUGGGCUUGUGGACAUUUCCGUAUUUUGUGUACCUUAAGUAAUCAGAAAGCAAAUUUGUCUGUAAAUUCCCAGACAAGUAUUUUGCACAUUUCUUGCUCACACACACACACACACACACACAUACAUUGGCUUCUCCUGGGUUUGUGGAAAUGUCUCUCUCCCUGUAUGCAGAGUACAUUGUAAAUACAUGGUAAUGUUUGGCAAAACUUGAUAGCUUAAGAAGACAGUUACGUUAUAUAACAUUAUACGAUCUUAGUCAUAUUGAAGACGCCAGGUCAAUAUGUGUUGUUUCAUGUUUUACUUUUUGACCUAUGCAAAGGUUAAAGUAUUAAAUAUUUAUCUAAAUGUGAUGAUGAAGCUUCACUAUUAAUAGACAAGAAUAUAACAUUCAACCAGCUACUCACACUUACAAACCUGUAUAGAGGACACAGUGUUGUGUAGCUCUUAAUUAGUGUGGUAAUGUUACAUGCUUGCUGUUGAAUGUGUUGCAGAAACAGUUGCAUGAAACAUUUCAGAUAAUUAAUGAAGAUUUAAGUAACUUUUAGUUGUUAUAAUAUGCAUUUGAUUUUUAAUAGCACUUGUUUAGUACUUGACAUCCCCAGUAAUAAUUAGAUUAAUGCAUUCAUCAUACAUUGUCCUGCUUUAUAUGUAUGUAUGUAACAUUAAGUGUAGAAAUAUUCAUAGCAAGGCUUCUAUCAGAAUCAAUUUAAGGUUUAUAAAGACAUUGGAUCUAUAGAUUGCUACUUCAGUAUCUAUGUUAAUGUUUCAUAUUUAAUUAGCUGAUAUAUCAUUGAGACAUCAUUUUCAUUUCAGUUUAAACAUGGACACUUUGAGCAUUUCUAGUUAUGACAAAUUAGUACACAACACACCAUGAUUUGAUGUCAUUAUGUAGUUAAAGUAUCCCACUUUAACAUUUAACAUGAUGAAUCAGCUAAAUGCUUCCAGGUAAAUAUAAAAUAUAAGGAACAACUAGAAGAUGUUUAUUAAAACAGAAAAUAAACCACUGAAUGAACAUUACGUGUUCAAGCUGAUCCAAAUAUAUUAUCAUAAUUAUUUUUUCUAAUAUACCGAGCAAAACCUUUGUAUGAACCUGAACAAUUGCGAAAGAUAAAUCUAAAAAUGUAGAGUUAGUAACUGUGAUGAUGUGUUGUGUAAAGAAGAGCUGUGAAUCUAGAUAUAUUAGCAGCUAUUCUUCACCACUGAAGUGUACGUUCUCAUGUCUGUAUAUAGAAUGUCUUUUUUUUAUAACUCGGAUAUGUCAUUUGUAUGUCAUAUGUAAUUUGUAUUAAAGACAAAUUACAAAUGUAAUGUAAUUUGUAUUGAUAUGUCACAUGUAAUUUGUAUUAAAGACAUUU